UCAGCCGCCGCAAGAGCGAGUCGCCGGGGAACAUGGCGCCGGGCCCGCCGCCGCCGCGGCCGCGAUCGCGGAGGCCGGGGCCGCGCUGAGGGCGCCCCCGAGGCUGGCAGACAUGUUGGCUGUUUGGCGAUGAGUAGUAAGAGCUGACAUCGUACUGGUUUAGAACACUAUGGGACCUGACUUUUGUGCUGCCUGGGCAGCCGGUCUCCACUGGCGCUGCUGAGAAGACCUUUCACUCUACAGCAGAGCACCAAUCUGAUCUCGGAAGUGACUGAUUGUGGCAGGAUGUUUGGAAGAUGAUGAUGGCAAGAAAGCAAGAUGUCCGCAUCCCCACCUACAACAUCAGCGUGGUGGGGUUGUCCGGGACUGAGAAGGAGAAGGGCCAGUGCGGCAUUGGGAAGUCUUGUCUAUGUAACCGCUUUGUGCGUCCGAGUGCUGAUGAGUUUCACCUGGACCACACUUCUGUCCUCAGCACCAGUGACUUUGGUGGGCGGGUGGUCAAUAAUGACCACUUUCUGUACUGGGGAGAAGUUAGCCGCUCCCUGGAGGACUGUGUGGAAUGUAAGAUGCACAUUGUGGAACAGACUGAGUUCAUCGACGAUCAGACUUUUCAACCUCAUCGCAGCACAGCCCUGCAGCCCUAUAUCAAGAGAGCUGCAGCCACCAAGCUCGCAUCAGCUGAAAAACUCAUGUAUUUUUGCACUGACCAGCUGGGACUGGAGCAGGACUUUGAGCAGAAACAGAUGCCAGAUGGAAAGCUGCUGGUUGACGGUUUCCUUCUGGGCAUCGACGUUAGCAGGGGCAUGAACAGGAACUUUGAUGACCAGCUCAAGUUUGUCUCCAAUCUCUACAAUCAGCUUGCAAAAACAAAAAAGCCCAUAGUGGUAGUUCUGACGAAGUGUGAUGAGGGCGUUGAGCGGUACAUUAGAGAUGCACAUACUUUUGCCUUAAGCAAAAAGAACCUCCAGGUUGUAGAGACCUCAGCAAGGUCCAACGUGAAUGUGGACUUGGCUUUCAGCACCUUAGUGCAGCUCAUCGACAAGAGUCGAGGGAAGACAAAAAUCAUCCCUUACUUUGAAGCCCUCAAGCAGCAGAGUCAGCAGAUAGCUACGGCAAAGGAUAAGUAUGAGUGGUUGGUGAGCCGCAUUGUGAAGAAUCACAAUGAAAACUGGCUGAGUGUCAGCCGAAAGAUGCAGGCCUCUCCUGAGUACCAGGACUACGUCUACCUGGAAGGGACACAGAAGGCCAAGAAGCUCUUCCUGCAGCAUGUCCACCGCCUCAAGCACGAGCAUAUCGAGCGCCGGAGAAAGCUGUACCUGGCAGCCCUGCCGCUGGCUUUUGAAGCCCUCAUACCUAACCUAGAUGAAGUGGACCACCUGAGCUGCAUCAAAGCGAAAAAGCUGUUGGAGACCAAGCCAGAGUUCUUAAAGUGGUUUGUUGUCCUUGAAGAGACACCGUGGGAUGCCACCAGCCACAUCGACAACAUGGAAAAUGAGCGGAUUCCCUUUGACUUGAUGGACACCGUCCCUGCUGAGCAGCUGUAUGAGUCCCACUUGGAGAAACUGAGGAACGAGAGGAAGAGAGCUGAGAUGAGAAGGGCGUUCAAAGAAAACCUGGAGACCUCUCCUUUCAUAACUCCUGGGAAACCUUGGGAAGAGGCUCGUAGUUUUAUUAUGAAUGAAGACUUCUACCAGUGGCUGGAAGAAUCUGUGUACAUGGACAUCUAUGGCAAGCACCAAAAGCAGAUUAUAGACCGAGCAAAAGAAGAGUUCCAAGAGUUGCUUUUAGAGUACUCGGAAUUGUUUUAUGAGCUGGAGCUGGAUGCUAAGCCCAGCAAGGAAAAGAUGGGUGUCAUCCAGGAUGUUCUGGGGGAAGAGCAACGGUUUAAAGCAUUGCAGAAGCUCCAGGCAGAGCGUGAUGCUCUCAUUCUGAAACACAUUCAUUUCGUGUACCACCCCACGAAGGAGACGUGCCCAAGCUGCCCAGCUUGUGUAGAUGCUAAGAUUGAACACUUGAUCAGUUCUCGUUUUAUUCGGCCAUCUGAUAGGAAUCAGAAGAACUCUUUGUCUGACCCCAAUAUUGAUAGGAUCAAUUUGGUUAUCUUAGGCAAAGAUGGCCUUGCCCGAGAGUUGGCCAAUGAAAUUCGAGCUCUUUGUACAAAUGAUGACAAGUAUGUAAUAGAUGGUAAAAUGUAUGAACUUUCUCUGAGACCAAUAGAGGGGAAUGUCAGGCUUCCUGUGAACUCUUUCCAGACACCAACUUUCCAACCCCAUGGCUGCCUCUGCCUUUACAAUUCAAAGGAGUCCUUGUCCUAUGUGGUGGAGAGUAUAGAGAAAAGCAGAGAGUCCACACUGGGCAGGCGGGAUAAUCACUUAGUCCAUCUCCCCUUGACCUUAAUUUUAGUUAACAAGAGAGGGGACACAAGUGGAGAGACUCUACACAGCUUGAUUCAGCAAGGCCAGCAGAUUGCUAGCAAACUGCAGUGUGUCUUUCUUGAUCCCGCUUCUGCUGGCAUUGGUUAUGGGCGCAACAUUAAUGAGAAGCAGAUCAGUCAAGUUCUGAAGGGACUCCUAGACUCUAAGCGCAACUUAAACCUGGUCAGCUCCACUGCUAGUAUCAAAGAUUUGGCUGAUGUGGACCUUCGAAUUGUCAUGUGUCUGAUGUGUGGUGAUCCCUUUAGUGCAGAUGACAUACUCUCUCCUGUCCUGCAGUCUCAAACUUGUAAAUCUUCCCACUGUGGGAGCAGCAACUCUGUUUUACUUGAACUUCCGAUUGGACUACACAAGAAGCGCAUUGAGCUGUCUGUUCUUUCAUACCAUUCCUCCUUCAGCAUCCGAAAGAGCCGGUUGGUUCAUGGAUACAUUGUUUUUUACUCAGCCAAAAGGAAGGCCUCCUUGGCAAUGUUACGUGCCUUUCUGUGUGAAGUGCAGGACAUUAUUCCCAUCCAGCUUGUCGCACUCACUGAUGGCGCCAUCGAUGUUCUGGACAAUGACUUAAGUCGAGAGCAGCUGACAGAGGGGGAGGAAAUUGCACAAGAAAUUGAUGGGAGAUUCACAAGCAUCCCUUGUAGCCAGCCCCAGCAUAAACUUGAUAUCUUCCAUCCUUUUUUUAAAGACGUGGUGGAGAAGAAGAACAUAAUCGAGGCCACACACAUGUACGAUAACGUUGCCGAGGCCUGCAGCACCACGGAAGAGGUCUUCAACUCCCCCCGGGCCGGCUCGCCGCUCUGCAACUCAAACCUGCAGGACUCAGAGGAAGAUGUGGAGCCCCCAUCGUACCACCUGUUUCGGGAAGAUGCAACCUUGCCCUCCCUGUCCAAAGACCAUUCCAAGUUCUCUAUGGAACUGGAGGGGAAUGAUGGGCUGUCUUUCAUAAUGAGCAAUUUUGAGAGUAAACUGAACAACAAAGUACCUCCACCAGUCAGACCAAAGCCUCCUGUCCACUUUGAGAUCACAAAAGAGCUGUCUUACCUAGACCAGGGUCAUCGGGAGGGACAGAGGAAGUCAGUGUCUUCCAGCGCCUGGCUGCCUCAGGAUGGGUUUGAUCCUUCUGACUAUGCAGAGCCCAUGGAUGCUGUGGUCAAGCCGAGGAAUGAGGAAGAAAACAUAUACUCGGUGCCUCACGACAGCACCCAAGGCAAGAUCAUCACCAUUCGAAACAUCAACAAAGCCCAGUCCAAUGGCAGUGGCAAUGGUUCUGACAGUGAAAUGGACACGAGUUCUCUAGAGCGAGGCCGCAAAGUCUCUGCUGUGAGUAAGCCUGUGCUCUACAGGACGAGAUGCACGCGGCUGGGGCGGUUUGCCAGCUACCGCACCAGCUUCAGUGUUGGGAGUGAUGACGAGCUGGGGCCCAUCCGGAAGAAAGAGGAGGAUCAGGCAUCCCAGGGUUAUAAAGGGGACAAUGCUGUCAUUCCAUAUGAAACAGAUGAGGACCCCAGGAGGAGGAAUAUCCUUCGAAGUCUAAGGAGGAACACCAAGAAACCAAAGCCUAAGCCCCGGCCAUCCAUCACAAAGGCAACCUGGGAGAGUAACUAUUUUGGGGUGCCCUUAACAACCGUGGUGACUCCAGAGAAGCCGAUCCCCAUUUUUAUUGAAAGGUGCAUUGAGUACAUUGAAGCCACAGGACUGAGCACGGAAGGCAUCUACCGGGUCAGCGGGAACAAGUCAGAGAUGGAAAGUUUGCAAAGACAGUUUGAUCAAGACCACAAUCUGGACCUUGCAGAGAAAGACUUCACCGUGAACACUGUGGCGGGGGCCAUGAAGAGUUUCUUCUCCGAGCUACCGGACCCCCUGGUGCCGUACAGCAUGCAGAUUGACUUGGUGGAAGCACACAAAAUCAACGACCGGGAACAGAAGCUACAUGCUCUUAAGGAGGUGCUGAAGAAAUUCCCAAAGGAAAACCACGAAGUCUUCAAAUACGUCAUCUCCCACCUGAACAAAGUCAGCCACAACAACAAGGUGAAUCUGAUGACCAGUGAGAACCUGUCCAUCUGCUUCUGGCCCACCCUGAUGCGGCCUGACUUCAGCAGCAUGGACGCGCUCACAGCCACGCGCUCCUACCAGACCAUCAUUGAGCUCUUCAUUCAGCAGUGCCCCUUCUUCUUCUACAACCGGCCCAUCAGCGAGCCUCCCGGGGCCACGCCUGGCUCCCCUUCAGCUGUGGCUCCCGCUGUCCCCUUCCUCACCUCUACACCUGCGACCAGCCAGCCGUCGCCUCCCCAGUCACCUCCCCCAACCCCGCAGUCCCCGAUGCAGCCAUUGCUGUCCUCUCAGCUCCAAGCCGAACACACGCUGUGAGCCACCACAGCCCGGAGGCAGAGAACACUUGUCUUCAUGGGGGGGCAUUUGGCCUUGAACAAAAACCAGGUCUCCCUGGGGUGGAGGUCGCAGCCAAGCGCCUUCUUAAGACUUCAGUGGUGGCAGGAGCCAGCGUCCACCAUGGCUGGCAGUCCAGCAGCCUGCAGCCUGCUCUUCACCUGGCCCUGGCUGUGGCAAGCUGUGAGGCCUCAACGUUGGCCUGACCGCUGAGGACUGGACUGACCAGACAGUGGUCUCGCCACCCUCACUGCUCCCUGGCCCCUUGCCCAACCUGUCUGCCUGCACCAGCGUCAGGCCCCACCGCCAGGACCUCACCCCAGCCUCUGCCAGGGGCAGAGGCUGCACCCAGCAGGGCUGGCCCCUCUAAAGAGGACACUUCCCACAGUUUGUCCUCACUCGUUUUCCAUACCUACACACACCGGUGGUGGGGUCCUUGGGAACAUGUGGGCUAUGGCUCUGCUACCUAGUGGUACACACUGGGUCACUCAUGGCCCAGCAGCACAUCAAGAGGAGAGCUCUGUGCCUAGACCCAGUGUGUAGCUUCCUUCCAACCCUUCCCAGGUUCUGCUCCAUUCCCUGCAGGAAAGGAACCCUGGAAGACAGUGGGACCCUCCACACCGUCGGAAUGACAGAAGGCACGGAAGGCAGACCUCGAGUUUCUCCUCUCACCUGCUGCGUGGCCACUGUCUGUGUGUUACAGCCGAGCAAGGACACCUGGGCAGUGACUGCAAACCCACUGUCCCCACCUGAGAAGACAGAGCCCUUGGAUUGUCGCCCCCCCCCCCUGCUGCCAGCCAGACACUACACAGACCACUACAGGUGUGCACGCGGCUCCCGGCGGCUCCCUUCAUCCCGCCUGCGGGCUGCGAGUGGCGAGGCGGACUCCAGGGCACGGGCAGGUGGCUCCUUCCAGAAAUGAUCAUCUGGUUAGGGUUCCUGUUCUCAAGCAUAGGCGCUGGGCCUGGCCCAUAACCACCCCACACUCACCCAGCCCUGCCGCUCCUGCAGCAGCCCCCCACACUCUGCCCGUGACGUGGCAGCCCUGGUCGGCUCCUGCCUCUGCCCCCACGUCAAUCUAAGCACUGGGCCAUGAAAUCUGACACUAAGGUACCGUGAGCAUAGGAGGGGCAUGGGUUGCACCAUUGCACUUUAGAAAUAGCACGUGGGUGUGUUCUCAGGCCCCAAGUGGCCUGCCACCCUGCCUUUACCUCUGUAAGGCAGGAGAAGGGUCACUGGUCUCUGGCCCAGGUUCUGCCUAACGAAGCUGGCUGUCCCCCUGUCUCUAGUACAUAAGGUGCUUGUAGACACUAAGCUGCCCCUGCAAAGUCUUAACGUCCAAGACAAAACCAAACCCAAGGUACAAACAUAAUUGUUUCCUCCUGGGGCUCUGUGUUGGGUGCUGUGGGCCUGGAGUCAGUGGGAAUGUAGUGUGUGUGGCGUCCACUGAGGUUUUCGGACAGUCCCCUGCCCUGGCUUUACACGCUGGGCCCCAGGCUAUUGAAAUGGCUUCCAUUCAGUAGCUUCUGUGUUGGGUCUUCAAAGAGGUGGAGGUGGAGCCAUCGUCCUGCUUGGAACAGAGUUGUAAGGCAGACCACGGGUCUGUGAGGCUGCUGCAUGUGCCUGCUACGGAAUGUGGGUGGUGGGUAGCAGGCAGAGAGGCGGGCACCUGGCCAGCAGGGCCCUGCUUGGAUCCUCCCCUGGCAGACACUAGGCCGGAACACCUCACUCCUGCUUCUUCAGGCACUCUGAGUGGCCUUCCCGCUCGUGGCACGGCAACCUGGGGAACUACAACAGGGAAGCAAGCACUCGACUUGGGUGGGUGUGCUGUCAGAGGCCUCAAAUGGGUGGCCAGGUCAGCUGCUGUCCUGCCCAGAAAGUAGCCCUGGCAGUGUCCUCAGCCUGAUGCCACCCGACAGCACCAUGGCUUCCCAGGCUGGGGUUCGUGCGGCACAUGGGGUGGUGUAGUUCCUUUUGCACUUUCCCACCCUUCUCAUCUCGCCCUUUAAGGAACAUGGAAAGGUCUGUCCUCUGAGUCUGCCCCCUCCCACUCCCUUUUCCCCAGCCAAGGCAGGGAGGAGCAAUAACAGACUUCUUAGAACCCUUACACUAUCUCCACCAUUCCCCGGGGUGAGGAGCAGCUUGCGGGCUGGAGGAGUCAGCGAGCCCUCCCGUGGUCUGUGGGAGGAGUCCUUGAAGGCGUGCAUACCCUACGUCCCUAGUGAGAACCCUGCAGGUCCCUUGCUCUGCCCCCUCGCCCUAAGGUUUAGCAGUGGGUCACCUGUGAUCCUCGUGCCCCAAAGGCCCCUACAGAUGGCAGGUGGAGGAAGGCAGUCCUCCGGUCCACAUCCGCAUGCUCGUGGGGAGGGAGCAGGCUUGACUUGGGUCGGUCCAGGACUGCCCCAGCCAGGGACGCUACAGAGGCCAAGGCUAGAGGUCCUACGUGCUCUCUUCCCUCUUCACCCAGCCACGAAGACACCCAAGUAGUGGAGCCAGGACCUAAGUUAUUGUUCACGCUGAAGAAUCAUGUUCCCUGUGUACAUUUUAAGUAAAGGAACCGUCUCGGGAUUGUAUGGGAAUAAAACUUGAAAAUUUGGAAUAGU